AUGUCUUCUUCAUCCGUAGGAACCUCUUGGGUUUCUCCAAAAAAGCAUGAUGUAUUCAUCAGCUUUCGAGGCGAGGACACCCGAACCAACUUCACAUGCCAUCUCCAUUCUUCUCUCUACGACAACGGUAUCCGAACAUACAUAGAUUACAAGCUUCGGAAAGGCGAUGAUGUUUGGCCAUCACUUUCCCAAGCAAUCCAGGAUUCACACAUAUCCAUUGUCGUUUUCUCUGAGAACUACGCUUCCUCAAGAUGGUGUUUGGAAGAACUCGUCAAGAUCAUGGAAUACCGAAAACAUCAGAGUCAGGUUGUUAUCCAUGUCUUCUAUGAAACAAACCCAUCAUGCCUUCAGAAGCAGAGAGGGAGUUACGAGGUAGCAUUUGCAAACCAUGAGCAGCAUCUCACCGACGAUGAUUCUGAUCAAGACAAACUGCGUAGGUGGAAGACUGCUCUCCCUCAAGCUGCUAACAUAUUAGGAUGGGACGCUCGAACCCCCAGGGAUGACUCUCAAGCAAUCCACAGUAUUGUCAAUGACGUUUCGCAAAAGCUAUACUUUAUGUACCCUAAUGAACUGAAAGGCAUUGUUGCAAGUGAUGAACCCUCUAAAGAACUUGAUUUAUUACUGAAAAGCUUUCCAAUAAUUGGAAUUUGGGGAAUGGGUGGGAUAGGUAAGACCACAAUCGCUAAAGUUCUGUUUGCCAAGCUCUUCCCCCAGUAUGAUAGUGCCUGUUUCUUGGAAAAUAUAAGAGAAGAAUCAGAAAGGGUUGGACUAACAUCUUUACGUGAUAAGCUUUUCUAUAAGCUACUAAAAGAAGAAAUUCCUGCGUCUGAUGUUGUAAGAUCCACAUCAAUUAUGAGGAGGCUCAGUAGUAAACAGGUUCUGAUUGUACUUGACGAUGUAGAUAGUUUUGAGCAAUUGGAAUAUUUGUAUGGAGAGCGCAGUGAUGUAGGAGAAUAUAUUACACUCAUUGUAACAACAAGAGAUAGGAAAUUGCUUAUUGGAAGAGUUGAUAAGAUAUAUGAGGUCAACAAAAAGAAUGAUGAAGAAUCUCUAGAAAUUUUUUGCUUGAAUGCCUUCAAGGGAAGUCAUCCCCAUGAAGGAUAUAAGAAUCUUUCAGAGAGGGCAGUCCAUUUGAUACACAUCAUUUAG